ACAGGGUUCGCCAUCACCUUGGGGCACAGAAACCUUGUGGUAAAAUCAAGUUCACACAGAACAGGAGAGACAGCAAAGGAAUAACAAACUGUCCAUGAAGCUGUGAUGUUUGCCUUAGUCACAGCUGAACAUUUUAGAAUCCAGGAUUUAUGAUCAGUGGGAACAGGCAGCUGUCUCAUUUCACUGACACGAGAGGAAAGGCCUUAGUCACAGAGAUGAUGCCCAUUGUCUCUGUGCUCCCUGGGCUGGUAUAAAAGCAGGAGAAGGGCACUCGGUGUCACUGCAGGAGACACGUUGUGCAGGUCAGGACUCCACUGGGAUCAAACAGCACCACCAGCAAGGAGGUGAAAGGAAGAACAGAGGGAACGAUUUCUGAUCCCACCAUCAGCUGCUGGUCCUGUGGAGUGGAUUUAAGAAGAGAGAAAAUGUUCCUGCCCCAGAGGUCUCUGCAGACAGUUACAUUUUUGGCAAUUCUUUUUUUUGCCUGUUUUGCAAUGUGUCAAGAGAUUGAAAACAGAAGAGCAGUGACAGAGCACCAGCUCCUGCACGACAAAGGGAGGGCCUUCCAAGGGCUGAAGCGCCUGCUGUGGCUCCACAACGCCCUGGGCACCGUGCACACAGCCAGCAGCAGGGACAUCCCGCCCCCAAAUGCCACGUGGGAUGCACAGAAAAGCCAAAAUCCCUCAGAUCUCCACAACAGCAUCGAUGGAGACGAGACUUCCAGCCUGAUGAAGCAGCUGCUGGAGCUGACGGAGGCAGAGGGGUUCCUCCCGUUGGAUUUGAAGAGCCCAAAGGGGAACUGGAACCCACAAGGCCUUUUUUGAGCUGCUCCAAACCAAAGAGCUGGGCAGCAAGAGAAAUCCCAGCACGCAGCCCCAGGACUAUUCCUGUUAGCCCUCAACCCCCCCGGGCUGUCCCUUGCUUUACAUGUGUGCUCUUGUAGGGAAAAGCUCCAGCACAAAGGUGAACUGCAAAAUAAAGAUAAUUAACUGCA